UUCCUUCUUUUUCCUUCUUCCAACAAGUAUCUUUAUCUUUCUUCUGUAGCGAUUCUUGACCAUGUUUAUGUUACCACGAAAGAUAGGGCCUUUGGAUUUUUAUACAUAGGCUUGCAAGGAUCCGGGGUGCCUCAAGAGUUUCCCUUCUCAAAAGAUGGCAAUGAUCUUACAUGCUUUCGUGGGAAGAUACAUGAACAAACUCGCAGAUUUUGUAGAGGGUGAGGCGUCAAUCAUGCUCAAAGUGAAGGAUGAGCUCCAGAAGCUUCAGAGAAGACUGGAAAGGAUCAGAGGUUUUCUUGAACAUGCAGAGCGGAAGAGGCAUGAAGACACAAAUAUCGGUAAUUGGGUGAGGGAGUUGAAAGAUAUCAUGUAUGAUGCAGAUGAUAUCAUCGACCUUUGCAUCAUCGAAGGCGGCAAAUUAUUGGAAGGCCAUCAUCCCGUUUCUGCGGUAUGCCAUCCCUUCCCUUUAUUUUCUUGCUUCGGUUGUAUGAAGUUCCGCUAUGAAAUUGGUGACAAAAUUAGAGAUCUUAAUAAGAGGCUGAAAGAGAUUGCAGAGGAUAGAUCAAUACUGCCUAAACUGGAAUACACUAACCAAGAUGUCCAAGAGAGCGGAGUGAAUCCUCGUCAGACUUUUCCCAUUGAGGACAGUUCUGAUAUCGUAGGGACACAAAUUGAAGAGGCUACCCAGAGUCUUGUGGAGUCGAUAGUCAAAGAAGAUGAACAAAAACUUUGGAUUUUGGGGAUUGUUGGGAUGGGUGGAAUAGGCAAAACUACUCUUGCUUCUAAUGUAUACCAAGAUGAAAGAAUAAAAGAAAACUUUCCUAUACGAGUAUGGGUGUGCGUUUCCAAGAAUUUUUUAGAGACAAAUUUGCUGAAAGAGAUAAUUAGGAGCACAGGUGGAAACUACGGGCAGGCUGAAACGAAGGCAGAACUCAUACCCUACCUGUCCUCCGUCCUUUCAAGAAGGUUCGUUAUUGUAUUAGAUGAUAUAUGGGAAGCAAAAGUAUGGGAGGAUCUGCUCAGAUAUCCUUUGAAAAGUGCAACGGCUAGUGGUAGGGUUGUGAUCACCACUCGAGACAUAAAUGCGGCUAAGAAUAUGAGAGCACGGGUCCACCAUGUUGACAAAAUGGGUAGUGAUGAAGGCUGGGCAUUGUUCUGCAAGAAAGUCUUUGGAGAUGAUGAGAAGGAAGAGAUCUUCAAUCUUAAAAAAAUUGGGAUGAAAAUUGUUGACAAAUGUGAUGGUCUUCCUCUUGCAAUCAAGACCAUUGCAGGAGUUUUAAGGUCGAAGGAGAGAAGCAGCAUAGCAUGGAAUAACGUUCUCAGAAGUGAUGCAUGGUCUAUGAGCCAACUUCAGACAGAACUCCCAGGAGCCUUAUUUUUAAGCUAUGAAGAUUUGUCAUCUGAUCUUAAGCAAUGUUUCCUUAUUUGCUCGUUAUAUCCUGAGGACUAUCGGAUGCAUCGUGAUGAUCUUGUUCGAUACUGGCUGGCAGAAGGUUUUGUAAAAUCACAAGAAGAUGUAUAGUCAGAAGAUUUAGCGGAAGAUUACUUUAGAGAGUUGAUUUGCAGGAAU